AUGGCCAAAAUUUUGAGGAAACUAGAGUUGGCUGGUCGGCUAGUAGCAUGGACAAUUGAACUAUCUCAAUUUGACAUUCAUUUUGAAAACCGACGCCCCCUUAAAGCUCAGGUGUUAGCCAACUUCGUCAAUGAAUUCACUGUACAACGACACACUACUUUGGACAUGUGGAAUCUGCACGUUGACGGAUCAUCAAACCGACUAGGUAGUAGAGCUGGGGUCAUAAUUGAAGGGCCGAAUGUAUUCACCAUUGAACAAUCCAUUCAGUUUGGAUUCAAGGCAUCCAACAAUCAAGCUGAAUGCAAGGCUUUACUUGUCGGUCUCAGAUUAGCAAAGGAGAUGGGAAUUAAACGCAUUACUGGUUGGAGUGAUUCAAAAGUUGUGGGCGAACAGAUUAAUGAUACAUAUCAGGUUAGGGACCCAGUUAUGCUUAAAUGUUACCAAGAAUUCAAGAAAAUAAAAGAUGAAUUUGAUGAGGUAUGUGUUUGGCACACGCCAAGAAACAUGAACGAACGAGCCAACAGGCUUGCUAGGCUGGCUAGCCAAAGGAAACCGGGGCAGUUGCAAAGCGUGGUUCAUCAAGAAAUCCUCCAACCCAGUAUCGUGAAACAAGAAUGCAUGGACAUAGAAAAUUCAUCUCAUAAUCGGAUGACCCCACUCAUCCGGUACCUCAUCGAUGGCAGCUUACCAAAGGAUCUAGCUUCAGCUAAGAAAAUAAAAAUGCAUGCAGCUAAGUACCUUCUUCUGGGCAAGGACUUGUACAGAAGAGGAAUUUCAACCCCUAUGCUUAAAUGCCUAGACGACGACCAAGCUAACUACGUCAUGAGGGAAAUCCAUGAAGAUUGCCAUGUGUUUGUGAAGAAAUGCAUUCCCUGUCAGCAACACGGUACUCACCUACACCAACAUGCCGAUACCCUUCGCCCUAUUAGCUCUCCUUGGCCUUUUGCCAUUAGGGGAAUGGACCUCCUCGGUCCUUUCCCUUUAGCAAAAGAGCAAUGCAAAUUUCUCCUUGUCGCUAUGGAUUACUUCACCAAAUGGAUCGAAGCCGAACCCCUUACCACCAUCACGGCCAACAACGUACAGAAAUUCACUUGGAAAAACAUCAUUACACAUUUUGGCCUCCCUCAUGCACUAAUUACAGACAAUGGGCUUCAAUUUACAGAUCGGCGAUUCAAUGAGUUUUUGGAAGGCCUGCAUAUCAAGCACAGAGUUACGUCUGUUAAACACCCUCAGACUAAUGGCCAGGCUAAGGCUGCAAACAAGGUGAUCUUAAAUGAAUUAAAAAGGAGAUUGGGUUUGGCAAAGGGAGAAUGGGCAGAGAAGCUGUCCGAGAUAUUAUAG